AUGUCGUUGCAAUAUAGCCCAACUGUUAGUUCGAUAUUGAAUGGUUUCUAAAGAACAGGGUUAUCUUAAGGAUAAGCUUAUUAAAUGGAAUAAUUGUUUUCUGCACUUGACAAACUCACUGGAUAAUUGUAUGAUCGCGACGUUGCUUAACAAUUAUUUGAAUAAUGUUCACCAAACCAAAGAGGUCAAGUUUAGUUAGAGGAUUUUGCAUAAGUUAUUAUAGAAGCAGAUAAAGUGCUCAAGAAAAAAAUAAAUCAGACGGAACAACAAAUACAACAAUAUAGAGACGAAUUGAAGGAAUGCCAACAAUAGGCUUAAGAAUUACAAUAUAAUUAAAAACUUAACCCUUAGGGAGUAGAUAGAGACUCUUAAUUAAUAAUAGUGGUUAAACAGGCUCAUAAUAUUCAAUAUUCUGAUUACCAAUUUAGUUUUGUCAGUAUAAGUUUGGAUGGUGCUGAAGUCUAGACCCAAAUGUCUACAGGUGAUAAAUAUAAUCCUACUUUUAACUAACAACUAAAUUUUCAAAUACAAACUGGUUCAGAAGAGAUUUUAAUAAAGUUGUUUGUAUAGGAUAGAAAUCAGAGGAGAAUAUUAAUUGGAUAAAGCCAUAUAGACUUGGGUGAAAUGCAUGAUCAAUAAGUUCAUUCUUAGCAAUUAUAAUUGGUUAAUGAUAGAUAACAACUGCAAACUUACUUAUAGCUAGAAUCAUAAUGGAUUCACAAUAAAUUAAAAUAUCAUUAAGAAAUGAUUCUUAAAUAUGAGCAAACUAUUUAAUAGAGCCAAGUUGAUAUUGAUGAUUAUCAAAGAGAUUUAUUAACAAUCCAAUAGCCAUUUUUGGAGAAUAAUUUAAGAAAUAAUUUAUAGCAAUCUUUAAAGUAGCCACAAAACUAUUCUUUGCCCCAAUAAAAUUAAGCAUUUAUGUACCAAUAGCAACAAAAUCUUCCACAAUAAUAGAAACCGUUUUAAAUGCAGCCUCAGCAAUAAUAAAAUAUACAAAUUCAUCAAAUUGAUCCAAAUACUGUGUAAGACGAAUUAUCAGAUGAGUUAUAUUAUGGGUUCAUUUUAUAUAUGCUGAUGUUGCUUUUGGCUUUAUUUUAAUGUUUUGCUCGUCCAGAUUAUUUGGAUUUAAUCCUAGCAAUGUUUUAUUUGAUAAUCGUAUGUAGAGACUGUUUCGAACCAACCUAUAUCAAAAUUGUAGGUGUUUUGACUAUUCUAAGUGUUAUUAAUGAUAUUGUUUGGAUUAGCAUAUAUAAAAAUUGGUGGAGUGGUACUGAUAAAACUCUACCUACCUGGGGAGAGGCAGGGGAUCCUAUUGUUAGAAUGACACUAGUUUUUUGUGUUUUUAACAUAAUUUUGAAGACUGCUUUAUGCUAUAUAUUAUUCCAUUAUUACAAGGAGUCUCAAUAGAAUAAAACAAUCGUCUUUAAAUUUUGGCAAUUUUAAUUUCCAGUUGGAGUGCUUAAACAAAAUUUAUUUACCACAAACGGGCUUUUAGUGUGAUCAUAACAAAUAAAAUGUUUUUUUCAUAAUUUAUUAUAACUUUUGCCAAAAA